GGAGGCCAUGUUGCGGGGCACCCACGUGAGGGGCGCACGUCCGCGAGCGGUCACGUGACCGGGGCGCGCUGUAGCCGCCCGGGGCGCACCCGGCGAAAGGCAGCGGCAGUGAUGGACGGGUCGGGGGAGCAGCUCGGAGGCGGCGGGCCCACCAGCUCUGAGCAGAUCAUGAAGACGGGGGCCUUUUUGCUACAGGGUUUCAUCCAGGACCGAGCUGGGAGGAUGGCAGGGGAGACGCCUGAGCUGACCUUGGAGCAGCCACCGCAGGAUGCGUCCACCAAGAAACUGGGCGAGUGUCUCAGGCGAAUUGGAGAUGAACUGGACAACAACAUGGAACUGCAGAGGAUGAUUGCUGACGUAGAUACAGACUCCCCCCGAGAGGUCUUCUUCCGUGUGGCAGCUGACAUGUUUGCCGAUGGCAACUUCAAUUGGGGCCGAGUCGUUGCCCUCUUCUACUUUGCCAGCAAACUGGUGCUCAAGGCCCUGUGCACCAAAGUGCCCGAGCUCAUCAGAACCAUUAUGGGCUGGACACUGGACUUCCUCCGAGAGCGGCUGCUUGUCUGGAUCCAAGACCAGGGCGGCUGGGAUGGCCUCCUCUCGUACUUCGGGACCCCCACGUGGCAGACAGUGACCAUCUUUGUGGCUGGAGUCCUCACUGCCUCACUCACGAUCUGGAAGAAGAUGGGCUGAGGCCACCUGCUGCCUUGGACUGUGUCUUUUCUUCAUAAAUUAUGGCAUUUUUCUGGGGUGAAUGGGGACAGGGGACAGGCAUUUUUCUUACUUUUGUAAUUAUUGGGAAGGGUGGGAAUGGUGGCCUGGGGGAGGGGACAAUAAACCUCAGGUCCACUUUGGAUUGUA